UCACAACCUCACUCUAGCAGCUUGAGACCAAGACGCCCGCGCAAGAUGACAUCGACUCGGCCAUUUUCCUGCAGUGAAUGCUCCCAGACAUUUACCAGGAACGAGAACUUGGAACGCCAUCGACGUUCGAGACAUGGAGAUGAUAGUCGCCGCCCGUUUGAGUGUCUCUAUUGCCAAACUCGCUUCUCAAGGCGAGAUGUCUGUAAGAGACAUACAAGACGAUGCUCGAGUCGCAUAAGCCCGAAGCCCGCUUCGACCGACCGUGCCGAUGGCGACAAGGGUCUCGACAACGCUGCUUCGCCACCAACUCCCCCGAUACCUUCAUUCAGUCCCCUUGCUCUUACAGACGUAAUCAUCGUCGAUCCAGGUCUUUCAGUAGAAAACGGAGACAGCCCAAUCGAUGCUUUGAAGGGGCCAUCACCAUCAGAACCUGCAUCAAGUACCUCCGCUAUAGAAGAUCAUUCUGCUCAGUCUGCCCACAUGGCUGCAUACUUUGAGUACUUUCACCCCUCAUUCCCGUUGCUUCAUCGCCCAACCAUUGGCGACGAUACCCCGAGGCUCCUACGGGACAUCAUCACUGCCAUUGGGAGCCUGUACACAGCCCAGAAUCUGUCGGAAGAGGAUGCUGUAACUUGUGUCCAGUGGAGCCAAAGCCUUUGGGAUGCCGGGCGCAAGGAGCUAAGUCGAUUAGUCGGCGCUGACUGGAGAGAAUUACGAAGAACCUGGAUCAUGCAGGCCUGGCUGUUGCACAUUAUAUACGGGGCUUACAUGGGCGGUGCUGCUCGCUACGGCAAGGCAAAGAUCAUGCUGCGCUCGCUUGUAGAUGCUGCCCAGGACCUCGGUCUUCUCAAGCAAACUGUCGCCACAUCCGUGUCCCGGGUAUGGAUCAAGGCUGGGGCGGAGGCCUCACAGUCUGGCGAUGCACAAGCCCUCCACGCCUCUUGGAUGAUGUACGUCAACGAAGAGUCCAUGAAGCUGUCUAUGUACACGCUGCUCUUCCUAGACUUCCACAUACUAGCCCCGUGCAACGUCCGCCCCUUGAUCUCCCCGAUCGAGUUGGACUGGGAGCUUCCACUUCCCAGAUCCCUCUGGGAGUCUGACACGGCAAUGCUCUGGUUGGGCAGUCUCAAAGGAGAAUUCCAGUUUGCCUCCUUACUGGAGCUUGAUGAGUCUUUGGGCUUUCCAUGUCCCGCGUCUCGAUCUCUGACGCUGGCCACGCAGUCUAUCAUGUCGGAAGUUGCGAGCCCUUCUCUUCUGGCGGCUCUGUCAGCGUCUCCAAUCGCCACGCUUUUCGUGCUAACCAGCAUUGACUCCUUCAUACGAGAUCUAACACGUUGCUAUUAUCAAUUCCCGCCAGGUCUAGCGGACCCCUCAGCUUUUCAUAUUUUCACACAGUCUCAAAACAAGCAGAUUAGUGCAGCGCUGCGGCACGUAUUAGGAGUCAUCUCGAAGCGGGACAUGUCGUGUGACGAAUCGGACCGACCAAUAUGGACCAGUAUCGAGCGCAUGGCCUUGUCCGUCAAGAUUGCUCUUUACAAGCCGGACGACCUUUUGAUAGGCGGCAUUGUCGACAGCAGUAUCGUUGCUGGCCUCGCAACAGCCACGCACCUGACCUUGGGACUUUAUGCUGGCGCUAGACGAGGACAGCAGUGUAUGUCGCGCCCGAUUUCGGGAGAUGACGCUAUUCUCGUCAUCCUAGACGAGGCCAUGGAAGCGUUGUCGUUAAUUCGCACGAGUGAUCGGCAAGCCGCCUUGCACGAGGCGCCUUGGUCGAUGGUUGCUUCAUAUCGAAUUCUCCUGGCUAUAUGGCGGUCACUGAGAUGGGCGGCUGGAGAGGUGCGGAGAAGGCAAUUGUCUCAAACGUCCGUACACAGGAGAUUUGAGGCCUCAGUUGUGAUAUUCAACUCCAUCAUGGAGGUGCUCUGGCCGCAGCAAGACCAGGAGAUAGGUAAUGCUAAGGGGGGCCUUAUCUGCCUGCCAGACGAAGGCGAAAUGUACUUUACCAAAUCAGUAUUGUGGUUUUGGAAAGAAAGAAACGUUUGGGCUGUGGGGCCAUGUAUGGUUACAGUGUUGGAUGAAGCUAUCUCGGUUGGAUACUAGGGCCACAUCUCAGGCGAGAUAUUGGGAGAUCUUAUUGCAUAGUAAUUGAUUG